UCAUGGACGCAGGAGAAGUUCUUAGAGUAGUCACCAGUGGUUUGGUUGGAAUUGUGGGAACUCCCGCAAACCUUGUGUCUCUUACCUACUUCUUCAAGCACGACAGAACCACCUUGGGAUCCAGACUACUCAUUUUACUCAACUCAUUUGAUCUCGUGGUUUGCAUCUCGGCUAUCGGAGUUAAUGUGUUUUACUUUUUGCCGAGCAAUGCGAGCAAUUUAAAAACUUUUGAUAUAACUGAGAAUAUUUUCAAAGUGCUGUUCAAAAUUUCUAUACAAUGUACUGGGUUUACAACUUGCUUGCUGACUAUCACAAGGUCCAUCAGUUUAGUCAAGCCUUUCUACCAGAUUAACCAAUUUAGAGUCGCAACUGCCUUACUUGUACACGCUAUCAUCAUAUCUGUGAUGGAGAUCUUGGUGCUAAUUCUCAGGCUGACAAGAAGUGUACCACGGGAUAUCUUUCGGAAAGCAUGGUAUAUCGUGCUUAUCGUAGAAUUGGUCGAUCUGAUUUUAAUAUUUCUUUUGGUUGUUAUCUCGAACAUUUUCUCUGUAGCGAGUCUUCGAAAGAGUCAAAGCAUUGCUGUAAAUAACCAUGCUAUUGCAAAACAAGCUACAAUAACAGUAUUCAUCCUAUCAACGCUUUUUUGUUCUCUUAACCUUGCUCUUAUAGUAAUAUUGCUCUGUCUCUCUAUUGAAGUAUCUAUACCACCGACAGUAUCUUGGAUUGCGAUGUGGCUGGCGCUGCCACUCAACUCAGCAUUAAAUCCAUUAGUUUACAUUUGGAGGAAGGAACCUUUGCGGAGGUACUUGAUGGACGAAAUCAAAUGUUGUUCUGGUAGCCGCCACGUGGAGAAAGGUCACACUCUGGGUCAUCAUUCAAGGAGCAAAACCGCACAAAACCAUACAGUAUCAUACCUUGAGUCUGAAAACUGAACUCUAAGUCUAACCAACGAUCACAUUUCAUACUAUCUUUGAAAUUGGCAGCCACCGUGGAGAAACAUUUCACUCUGGACCAUUCUACCCUUGCUGAUCAAGUAUCAGCCCAGACCGACUUGAAAUUGAAUCUGGAAAAUGAACUUCAGCUUUUGUUGUUGCAGCCGCCAGAAACGUCACAAUCCGGAUCAUCCACCAAGGAACAAACCGUACUAAAUCGGCAAUAUCGUACCCUGAUUCUGAAAACUGAACU